AUGGUUGCCCUGGAAGGACGCCAACUCUCAUCAAGCGUUCUUACGCUCACGUCUCUCGGCUUCCUUCUCAUCGGAUAUGACAAUGGCCUGUUUGGCGGGUUCGUCAAUGGCGUUGCAUUCAACGAUACCUUUCAUACCCCCAGCCCUACCAUCAUCGGUCUCAUUGUUGCGAUAUAUGAAGUGGGAUGCUUCCUAGGUUCGGUGCUGACUUCCUUCUUUGGGGAAGCCCUCGGACGCAGAAGAAGUAUUGCCAUCGGGUCCAUCAUCAUGAUAGUGGGAGCCAUCCUCCAAGCCACAGCCUUCUCCCGAGUGCAUCUGAUCAUUGCCCGGGUGGUAUCUGGCAUCGGGAUGGGCUUUAUCAACAGCACGGUCCCAGUAUUCCAAUCAGAAUAUUCUCCCAAGGCCAGCCGCGGACUUUACGUCUGCAUGCAGCUGUCGACGCUCAAUUUCGGCAUAUUCCUCGCCUACUGGAUCGAUUACGCCUUCUCUUCACACACUUCGAGCUAUGCGUGGAGAAUCCCCUGUGUUCUCCAGUGCAUAUUUCUGUUGCCCAUGCUCCUCAUUGUGGCCGUCGUCCCCGAGACUCCGCGGUGGCUGGCCAGCCAUGAUCGUGGCGACGAGUCGCUCGUGGUGCUUCAAAGACUCCACCGCGGCCGCAUGUCUGACUCACACAUCCGCCUCCUCCAUGCAGACAUUCUGCACACGGUGGAGGUCGAAAAGAGCCUCGGCACCGGCAAAUGGAUUGAUCUGAUCAAAAACGACAGUAUCCAGAGUCGGCGGAGAUUCUUGAUUGCCUGCGGGAUUCAGGCUUUCCAACAGCUCGGAGGUAUCAACGCAAUCAUCUAUUACUCGGGCACGCUGUUCGAAAAGAGUCUGGGAUUCAGUCAGCAUAUGUCUGCUCUGAUGUCUGGGUUUCUGCAGACCUGGUUCUUCUUGGCUUCUUUCAUACCGUGGCCUCUCAUUGAUCGGGUCGGUCGUCGGCCACUUCUUCUCUCUAUGAUCUCACUCAUGGCGGUGGUGAUGGGCGUCCAGUCGGGAUUGAUCUACCAAGUUCAGUUCAACACGCCGUCCGCUAAGGCCGCUGGCCGCGCAGCUGCCGCGAUGCUCUUUGUCUUCCAGGGAGCGUUCACUGUGGGCUUCCAAGCGACCGUCUGGGUUUACCCUACUGAAAUUCUGCCUCUGCGUCUGCGCCAACGUGGCUCCUCGGUCUCGACAGCUUGUAACUGGAUCUUCAACUAUAUGAUCGUGCAAAUCACUCCCAUCGCUAUCAGCAACAUCGGCUAUCGUACCUACAUUGUCUUCGCUGUCCUCAACGCCUGUUGGGUUCCCAUCAUCUAUUUCUUCUUUCCUGAAACCAAAGGCUUUGAGUUAGAAGACGUUGACCGCUUAUUCGCUCGACAAGGAAGCAUUGCUGCGCGGCGUAUGUCAAGACCUGUCUCGGUGGAUUUGCACAGAUCGAUGGGAGACAGCCAGAUUGAAACAGUGGUAGCCAAGAACGGGUACGAUCAAAAACCCCAAGAACUAGAGGAAGUUGCGUAG